GCUGUCAUUUUUUUGGUAUUGUUGGGAGUGAACUACUUGACUUGAAAAUGAAUUUUCCUUGGCCAUAGAAAAUUUAUGAUUGAAUCCAGUUAAAAUCAAUUUAGACGAGCUUUGGGCCAACUGCUUAAUUAUAUAAAAGUAUCACCAAGCUCUACAAUUAAAGUAAAAUGGAAGACAAAGUUCUUACCGCAGAAACAUGGCCACAAGAAGCCGAGGCGGCGAUCAACGACAUACGCAAACACGUGAAAUCGGCCAACAUAUCAACACAACUGAAAAACGACAACCAACGGAUUUACAUCAACCUCACAACCCUGGAGAACUCCGACUAUUGCGUCGAGAUGUCCGCCGCCGGGUUCAGAGUCGUGGGCCGGACUUACGACGACACAACCCUAGCUAUCAUCGAGAACAUGAAUUAUGAAACCCCCUACGCCUUGCUCAAUAACAUCAGUCAGAAAUACAGGGAGUCUUUCGGCGGUGAGUUGAUGAAUAAGCUACUGGAUCUCGCCAAAAAGGAGACUUGAAUUUUGAGUCGUUUGCAGACGAUUUUAGAGCUUAUUUUGUAGUAACAGCCUUACUAGACAUAGAUGUCACAUACACGAGCUUUUGGAGAUAUAUUGUUGGGUUUCCGAAUUUUCGAGGGUUGUUUAAAGUGAUAAGAAGGUUGUAAUUGGCGACUGUUGAAACUGUCAGUAUUUAUCCUAUAAAUGUAUUUAAAAGUAACAAUUAGACCAAAUUAGAAUAAAUUGUGAUCGUAAUAGUGUUUCUGAAGGUAAAAUUACAGACAUGAACUGGAAUCAUUGUUGUUUUGAAGGCAUGUUUAAAAUAUAAUAUACUAUACUAACUGUUUGGCAUCUAAAUGUAUUUGUAUGCAUGUAUAUGUUUAGUAGCUACAAAUAUGUCUGUAGUGUCCUCUUAUCUUAGUUCCUUAAUUGUGUGUGUUACCCUGUGUAAAAAUGCAGGCUUUUUGUCUAUGCUAGCUUGGCAACGUAAGGCCGUAGACUUUGUG